CUUUGUCAGAGAUCUGGACUUUCUGAAGAGGACGCUCUAAAGUGUAAGUCCUAGUAGUGGUGAAUAAUACUUAUAGACGAAGUAGCUGAGCAACGUCAUUUUCAUUCUCGUCUCCCUCUCCUCUGGUAGUAUUCUUGUCAAGGAUGCAGUUGCCGGCUCCCUCGCCCUCGUCGUCUGCAGAGGCAUCAGCCUCGCCCUCCAUCCGUCGGCCACCAAGAACCCAAGGUCAGAAAGUUCUCAAGCAGUAUCCAGGUGGUCUGUCUCGCAAGCAAGUCGGUGCGAUGAAGCGACUCCAAUCUGCAGAUGCUGCAGAUCGAAUAGCUCAUUUUGGGAGCAGGACUGAGGUACUUUGCUGGCCAAGGAACAUAAGAAAAGCAAUUUUCAAAUAACACGGCGCAGAAUCAGCUAGUUCUAGUACUAGUCGUGAAUUAUAGUCAUUCACUUGUGUGCGAUCGGGAUCGUGUUCGUUGUAAUUCAAGAACAUCUAAUAAAUCCAAAUAUCGUUGUAGUACUAAUAAUAAUGGACCUAAGCAUGUAGAUGUACACCAGCACGCAUCCGGAGGGAAGCUUCCACAAUUUGGGAACUCACCAGAAAAGCCGAAGGAGUCGUAUGAUUUGGACAUGCGUGCCUACGACUCAUCUGAUGGCGCCAAUAGCGCAGACGACGCGGCGGCUACCGGCUCUGCUCCCAACGCGUCACAGCAAAGAAGCGCGCAAGGGGUAAUGAAUGUUGAGUACAGUAGCUAUAGAUGGCUUCUGAUGUAGGAAAGGUGGUUCAGAAACAAACAACAAUCUCAAGGGUUGGUAAAGAAAUUUAGAUCAAACAUGAAUCAAAAUCGGUAACAACUACAUUGGUUGCACUUGGUGGGCAAGAGCAUGCUUUCUCCACAUUUGCUAGUGCUCUAACCUAAUACAGGACCACCGUGGCUGGGUCGCAUCUUCGUCUGCCGCUGGUUCUGGUAGCGCAUUUGCUGCAAUGUUCGCAGGGGGGCCUUUCAGUGGUGCAGCGCCAAGUCAAGGUCCGUCAGCUCUAGGAGGAGCUCAACCACGCAUCGAUGCCCAUAUGUAUCCCCCCGCGGCCGCGCCACCCAACGUCCUUGGUCAGAGUCCGCACACGCAGUAUGCGGUCACACCGAACGCCAUGUCUUUUGCCACGAACCCCUUUGUCUCGAUGGAGUCGACGAUGAUGAUGAACAUGCAGCGAGCGAUGCAAAUGCAGCAGCAAAAAAUUUGGCUGGAGCAACAGCGAUGGAUGGAACAACAGAUUCGAAUGAUGCAACAGCAACAAGCGAUGCAGCAAGAGCAGAUGUCCGCACGUGAGCGUGAACGGGAGGAAGGAGCUGAUCAGCAACGAUUACGAGAUGAGGCGACAACUGGCGAACAUGGCAGCUUCGUUGGAGGCAGCCGCGAGAAAAGGAGUGACUGCGAAGCAGCUGGAGCUGGCUCGAGUAGACCAUCAGGGCCAUCAUCAUCGUCUUCGACGUCAGGGGCAUCCGGAGAUGCUGGAGGAGGGCAGCAGGAAGCGAAGAGUCAGCCUUCGUUCACCAGCAUCGUGAAAUCACCGAACAGGCCAGAGCCACCUCCGGAUCUCUCCAUUGAUGCUACGCCGAGCGGUCAGAACCCAACUUCUCAGCCCAGCUCUCCAACUUCUUUCGUGCGGCGGGCCAGCUUUCAAGGAGACACGAUCGACCGUCGACUCGGGAACGAAAACUUUACUUCACGUUCACCUCGACCGUCAGGCGUGGGCAAACACACUCGCUCCCGGCGUCAUUCCUUUGCCUCGCGGCGCUGCAGUUUGGCGUGUGCGGUUGACGCGGUGAACGGAUCGCGGAAUUUACGAAGGCUUAGCGGUGCUGGCUUUGCCGGUCCGCACUUUGACGUGGCAGCAGUAUUCGACGCUCUAGAGGUCGGCGGGACGAGCGAGCGGGCGCGGCAGGCUGGCAUGAACAAAAAUAAUGUGCGACCACGCGCCGCAGGCACAGCGUCACCGACCAGAGCUCCCGGUGGUAAAAUUGAUUUUUCUGUUGCAGAACUGUUGUCCUUUUCGCCCUUUUGGUACCGUUCUUGUAGUCGUCGUAGACCGUCACUGAGUCGUCCGCUUGAAGAAGAUGGUCAAUCUCAAUGUAGUAAGUAUCUUUCAAAUUUUUUUUUCGUAUAUUGUUGAUUUCCAAACGGGCCUGAGUAACCAAACAAAGGUGUUCGACAGCGUAUCACCAUGACCGAUCGCGAUGGCGAGGAAGGCGGAAUCAGUACUAAUACGCACCAGGAAGAUUAUGGUCUAGAUCCUGACGAUGAGGCGCCAUUCGGGCGCUCGAUAUCAAAAGACUCAGCUUGUGGCCUUUAUGAGAAGUUUUUGAAUGAACGCACAGAGGCGGCACCUGUGGGAGAGAAAAGCUCGAAACGUGUUAAACAUGCUAUCGCGACCGCGCGUGAUCCCCUCUUCGCUUCGCAUGCGGAUCUUAUGGCACACCUGCGGGGCGACGUUUUCACACCACCGGCGGUGGUUUCCCAGCUGGUACCUCCAUCGUCACCAGGCGCCAACCAAAUGCGACCGCGGCCUCCAGGAGGCGCCACUACAUCGCCGUCUGCGCCAUCGGGCGGAAAGGUAGACUUUCCCGGAGGACGACGACCGCUGACGACUCCCGGUGGGACACGGGUGCAUACUAGGUCGAAAGAGCGCUUUGCACCUCGUUGGUUCAUGCCCGCAACAUGCGGCUCUGGUGGUGCCCCUGCUGUGGAACAAGCUGGGCUCAAGCACUUGGAUAUCAAUGGAAGCGGUCCUCCAGGCACGGCUACUGGACGCAGUCGAGGCGUUUCGCCCGGCAUCAGAACGGACACCGAGAACAGCGCUGGGCAAAUGGUCAUAGGCUCUGGCCUGCAAGGAAAGCGACACGAGAAACGACCGCGAUCUGGACGAUCACGAGAAGAGCAUGCCGUUGACCAAGUUGGAACAACAUCACAGAGGCCUUCAGGCGCAAAACCUGGACGGAUUCUGCGACCACAAACAGGAUCAAAAUCCAAAAGCGCUGAACAACAGCAGUCAACGAGUGGUGCUGAUGAAAGUAGAAGUGGGUCAAAAAAUAUCCCGAGAGUUACCGACGACGAAGAGCGAGAAUCAUCUCUGUGGCAUCACUGGUUUCCAGAGAGUUUGCCGUCAAGGGCCCCAAGUGCGCGGCAAUCGCGCAGGCGGCCACAGUCUUCUCCUCAGCAUUGGACACCUGCUGGGAUGCGGAGGGUCAAGGGAUUUUUUUCGACCCCUCGCGGCGUCGCUGAUGAUGAGGAGGGUUACUCUUUCACUACAGGAGACCCACGCCAGGGAGGGCGGCCGAGAACUACAGGCAACGCAGCGCUCAGGGGCCGCAGCGUAUCACCUGGUGAUUAUGAUAUCAACGAAGAGCUGCGACCACGCGCGUCUGCAAGGGAGGUUGGUGCCGAGCGCAGAGCGAUUUGCCGCCAACAGCAGCGCUCGAGAGGCGCCCGAAAUCACAGCCCUUUUGGAAGAGACUUUGCUGUGACGAGUGUGAACACGCCCUUCGGGGCCACAGCAAUAGCAUCAGUGCUGGGCUAUGGGCCUCCGAGCAUACCAGUUCCUCCUCAUUUGGUUAUGGAGCCUCAUACGCAUGACAACGCGAGCACCAGAAAUGCUUCGUCAUCUUCAAUGAGGCUGAUCAACAACACUACCGAAAUCGUGGCUCCCUCAAAACCUGGGAAAAAAACUAGUCGUAGAAACCCACAUGAGCCCAGCCGCAUUAUCCUAAACGAGGAAGGGGCCACCCUUCGCAAGCUACAGCGCAAAAUGGAUCAGGAGAGCCGUCAGCGCUGUACGUCAUCGAAUGUUGUGGACAUGCGGCGUGUUCCCAGUGUGACUGACGCGGGCCCGUUUACGCCACCCCUGACGCCAAGUGGCCCUACGCGACCACAAGAGACCAGGCCCGAUCUUCAGAAAGAGCAGACGACGAACGCUGCCCAUCAAGAAGAUCCUGAGCAAGCAACGCAGCAAAUGGAUUCACCAGCACCUCGUCUUCACGAGAGCGAUGACGCCGUUGCUCAAGAACUACAAGUAGAACUAGAGCAGAUGGAACAGUUUAGGCUUGAGCAGAAGAAGUUGCCCUGUGGGGCAGGAGCUGCCAGUUUGGAAGAGACUCACGGAUCAGCGCUGCGUGCGGAUCGUUCACUCUCAAAGAGUGCUAGUACCCUUGUCGAUGGUCGUGGGGAGCGGCAGCCCUCCCCAGAAUUGACACGAGGCGCUUUUUCGACACAGAGGGGGACCUUUCGGUCGUCGGUGCACAUGCAGGAACCCGUGCCCGACGACAUGGAGCUUCUGCCGCUUCCAGGUGAUGAGGAUAAUGACCUUGGCAUUAUUCGCGAGAGAUCUGUAGCAAGUCGUCACAAUGUUCCUCCAGGCGGCUCGGCUAUCGUCGGUGGACAUGCCCCGGGUGCGGGGCCGCUGGCUCACCGAUUGCUCGCGCAAGAACAACAUGGGGACUUGCUGAAACGAGAGGAAGGGGACUCAGAUUGGGUGGUGGAUGACGAAAAUUCACUCGGAAAUCCUGCUAAUCCGAGCUCUACAAGCGUGUUUGUUCAGCAGGCAAACAGCGCACCUACCGAGGGGGGGAGUGAUCCAUUCGUGGCAGGACGGGUUCUGAAUGGAAUCGUUGUGUAUCGUAGUGGUCCACGCCUUUUUGAGGGAACUAGAGGCGCUCCAAAUGUUGCCGAGCAAGUCAGAAAGAAGCAGUUACUGCAGGCGCAGCGCUUCAACUACAAAGUCCGACCAGGGGCAACGGAAAGUCAUGCUACUGCUGGAGGUGCAGCAUAUUCUUCCUCACUACAAGCGGAGGAUUUGCCGAGCACCAAACACGCAAGCCCGAAUCAACGUCAAGCUAGUUUUUUUUCUAGCGUUCCGUUGGACGAAUAUUUUGGUCUUGCUCGGAACGAAAACGCGGACCUCUCUGAGGAUAAUCUACUCCGAACGAAGGUCGUGACUGGAGGAGAGCGCUCCAGCACAGCCGAGCCGAACUUCAAAAAGCUCUUAAAACGUCGACGGUCAUCGUCGUGCAGCUGGCUGCGACGAAGGACAGCUUCCGCAGGCUCAAGGGCUCCAAUCAAAUUUGGUAAUUAAAUAAUGGAGUUGGAAGAUGAAUAAAGAAAAAGAGCAGAGCCUUGGUCCAUUUGAGUCAACGAUUGAAUUUGAAGUACUACACAUUCUUUCAUGUACUGCGGCGGAAUGAAUCUGAAACUGACCACUAGGUCCGACUAUGAACGCUGAAAAAUUUGUUUCUUGUUCUAUUCUCAUUUUUCACAUCUAUAUCGGCGCCUUUUUCGUUCGCUUUCCAGGUCGCCAGUUACCGCGUCGCGCGCCUGAAAAUCAUGUGGCAACUCCGGCUGAAAUGUUGGAGCGCGACCUUGAGUCCUUCUUUCCGCAUGUCCAAGUUGCGGAGUAUGAAUGGCGCACCCCACACCAGACGGUUUCCCGUCUUACGCGGCCGUCGUCGGAUCUUUGUUCGAAAAAGCAAGCCAGAUUUCAUAUAGUCAACGACAACGAAGGCGACCACUGCCACAACAGGCAACGACAUGUUUUGAAAUGUGUAGUGGCGUUUCAGCAACAAAGUUCGAACACGCAGGAAAGGAAAACCCUACUUCCAAGACCUGUCUCAUCGCAGAGCUUCGUUGCGUCGCGCAGUGACAGGGAUGUGGAAUUUCGCUUCGAGAACGAGAAAAACAGUGGAGAAGCCGUUCCCAGGACCGCAAAUGCGCCCUCACCAUCGGAUUCAAAGUAUGGAACCCGACGACAACCUGGAACGGAUUCCACACCAUCACCGAAAAGCUCGGGAGGAAAACCAGGACUAGUGCGCCGAGGAGGAGGAGAUGUAGAUGGUGAACUGCGGAUGAUAAAAAGAUUUGAAGGAACUCAGGCCGUGGUGCCCGAGUCAAAAUAUGAAACUCGUAGUGAACGAGCGUUUACUUCAUCAGCAAAUCAUGCUAAAGCGCAUGUAAUCGGAGCACCUGCACCAUCUCCAGCAAAACGGGCGACAACACCAGCGAGCUUGCUGAGGAGGUCACUGCAAGUGCUUUGUGCGACUCCUGCCACCACUUUUUCUGGUGUUCCAAAUUCUUCAGCAGCAGAGGGCUCGACAAACAUCAAGUCUGAAAAUAGGGUUGGUGAAACCGCCACUGCGCUCACAGAAGUCAGCUGCAGAGCAGGCGUCGCUGAUGAAAAACAGACUUCUUGCAGCGCAGCAACUACGAGUUUUAGUAGAGGAAAGCUGAUAGACUUGAUGCAUGAGGACCGUGAGGAAGCCGAGAGGGCUCGCUUAGCUGCUGGUUUAGAAGAACUUCAAGAUCAAGAUGGAGGAUGCGAUGGAACAACAACAUCAAGCCAACAUGGAGGUUGUGAUCAGGCGCUUUCGACGCUUCUCGAGCAGUCAUCUCUUUCGCCCCGCGCAGAUGCAGAUCAAAUUAAAGCAGAGCGGUCGUUCCUUUUACCUUUGAGGCAGUUGAAUUUGCAAUCCCCUUUGAUGGCGCCAGCGACGUCGUCGAUGCCAGCACAGACGAGAGCAGAAGGUCGCGUUGCAACAACAGCUAACGCUCAGGCGAAGCGCCGUAGAGUGGGUGGCACUGGCACGCCGCAGCCAGAAGACGAUGACGACGCGGCAACGACUGAGCCUGCCGACUCGUCGCGUGGUGGUAGCAAAGAUCACAUAGCAACCUCCACGUAUGUUGAUCAACGUUGCAGUGCUGCAAUUCAGCCUUGCAGUCACGGAAAUGAUGCAAGCCAAAACAAAGCCCAGACGAGGCGAAGCCACCACCGCUCCCGAAACACGUCAAGUCAAAAACACAAACAACGUGGCGGCACAGCACCAACGGAGAGAACAGAAGAGGGGACAGAGGUCAAAAAAACUGGUACGUCAACCGUUGUCUUCCAGAGACCUCAGACUGAACAGAUAGCAGGAUCCAUUCUGAACUUCGAAGACUUUUUUGCUUAUGGCUCUAACAAGUACUGAAACUCAACGGAAAACAGUAUUGUAACUUAGCGGAUGUACACGGUCCUUCAGCGGCAGUGAUCGGUCUAGUCUGCGUAGAUUCGUAUUGGCGCUUCAGCAGCCGCGUAUGUCUGCCAGUUUUUCUGGUAGGCCCACACCCAACCUAACCUGGUGUUUUAGGCAAUAACUCUCGACUGUUUGCUGACUCACAAUAAAAAUUGAAAAGAAGUAGUUCAUCAUCUCUGUCUAGAUUAUAGUGACUUGUACUCAGAUCCACUUCUAAUACAUGCACGAGCCACAGGAGGAUAGCAGACAUGCUACCACAAGGCGGAACAAGCGCAAACUUGGAGAAUUCGCUACCACUCAGCGCAACGAAGGUCAUAUCAAGCGCAAAGCAGGUGCAGCUGCAGAUGAUAACAACGCAGUGGCACCAGUCAAGAACGACCUCUCUUUGCGAGUUAAGCCUCUGUCGAAUCCGACUCGUCAAGGAAAACCCCCAGCAGCGACCACGUCAAGCAGGGAGAAGCAGCAGCAUCAGCAGCUUGCUCAAACUGAUUUUGGAGGUAGUGACGGUCGCUGUAAGAACGAGCAGACAUGCGUUGCUGUUCUUGCCACGAAUGGUAAACAUCAGCCACAGGAUAUCAAAGCGGAUUCAUCUUCUUCAUCCAUGUCUGCAAGACAGGGCAACACUGCCUCCAGUUCAUCCAGAUCCAAACAGCAGGCACCUCACGCGACAAGCAACCUACCAUGGUACCAUCGGUAUAUGCUGGAGCGAGCUGCCGCUCAGAAUUUUCGACCUGCGGAGACGCAUAAAUGGACAGUGACGCCGCCAGGUAGCGCUCGUGCGAAGAAGCGCAUCGUUAAUCUAAAGCUUCACGCUGAUGCUACUGCCUUCGGAGCAGUCGCAGGCGCAACUGAAAAGAAUACUCCGAGGCUGAUUCGUAACGCGCGGACCGCUUUCUGAAGAUCCUCAAAGAUCUACAGAAGAGAAAUACACAUCUGACCUCGUGUGGUCCUAUCACGCAGAAAUAUUCCAAGAUAGACUUCUUUGUAAUUGUAGCCGAACAUGGACAAAGGACAAUCAGUGAAUGUUGUCACGUCGUCGUCGAAUAUUUCUUUAGCAACCAUUUUUGUCAUAUUCCUUUUAUUCGAUUUUUCGUUGACCACACCACUGCAGCCCGUUUCCUACAUGAUUGUUAUGAAAUAUGCUUAGCGUCAGGACCAUUCUCCUGCUUUUACGCAGAACUUAUCGCUGUUGGUGAUUAACAAACUGUAUAGAGCUGCAUAGACGACCUUCGUCACAGGCGGGUUACUCUCCCACUGCACGCACGUCAUAAGAUUCCAUUUUUAAUACCUGAUUUGUUCAUGAGCUUACUAGAAAACGUUUAAUACAGUGCAGUUUCAGAUAGAUUUAUCAAUACUCCCAGAAGCAGCCAGUAGACGAUUUGGUGACCUCUCUGUUGUAUGCAUCUUUCAACCCUUUUUAGUGAAAAAAUGCAAGUUUGCGUUCCAAACAAAAAAGGGCAAGAGGUAAGUAUUCCUCGGACUAACGCUGUCAUAGUCUUCAUAGACGUUGUAAAUGUAAUUGCU